AUGGCUCUGUGGAGGAAUUUUCCAGGAGAAUAUUGUGGCUCAAAGAACUUGGGUACCAACCAGAUAGAGGAGCUACCGCCAGGAGUCUUCAAUAAAAACACCGAGUUGACUAAGCUGGAUCUGUCCAACAACGAAGUUGAGGAUCUCCCUCAAGAAAUCUUCAGCAGUCUGGGAAAUCUCGAAAUACUGCUUUUAUCCAACAACCAACUAAGAGAUUUACCGCCAACGGUAUUUGCUAACCUAACCAAGCUAAAGACAAUAAAAAUUGAAAAGAAUGAGAUAAAGGAGCUGCAUCCUCAACAGUUUCGUGGACUGGUAAAGCUGUUUGACCUCUAUCUAUCGGGAAACAAACUCAGAUACUUCCCACAGGGAAUUUUUAAAGGCUUAAAGGAGCUUUUGAUUAUAGAAAUUGUUGAAAACGAAAUGACUCAUGUCUCCAUCGACAACUUCAAAGAAAUUAAACAGUUAAAAAUUCUGAGUCUCGACACAAAUCUGAUGUGUUGUCAUAUGCACAAGGAGGACGCUGACUGUGCUUUCACGUACAACGACGACUUUGCCAACUGUGAGAGCAUGUUUAAGAAUUCUGCCCCAAGGAAGAGUAUCUGGGUGAUAGGAGUAUUUUCUCUGGUUGGUGCAGUGUUUGUUGUCACUUGGCGAGUGAUCUUUAAAGAAAAGAACGUGGUUCAGUCCAUCAUGUUGCUCCACUUAGCAGUGUCCGAUGGUUUGAUGGGUAUUUACCUGAUCUCUCUUGGCACUAAAGAUCUGUUGUGGAGAGGAGAGUAUUACUUGCAUGACUUCCAGUGGAGGUCUGGUUUGUCUUGUCAAAUAAUUGGAGCGAUCUCCCUUCUGUCAAGUGAGGUUUCGGUUAUGAUGAUGACACUGAUAUCUGCUGAUCGGCUUAAAAAUAUUGUGUUUCCUUACCAAGGUGCUUCUCUGAAACCAAAGGCAACACAUAUCCUGUGCAUCAUCAUAUGGGCAAUUGGCUUCCUUAUGGCCUUUUUGCCUAUGUUUGGUAUUCAGUAUUUUGAAGACCCAUUCAGGUACCAUAGUUACUAUGGUAGAAGUGUGGUAUGUCUGCCCUUGCAGCUUACUUCUGAUAGGCCGGCAGGUUGGGAGUAUUCUGUUGCUAUCUUUCUCGCUUUGAAUUUUGCUUUUUUCUUGUUCAUCAUGGGUGCUUAUCUCAUGAUACUAGUCAAGUCUUACUUGUCUAGCCGGCGACUGGCCCGUCAGGGUACUGAAAGAGAGAUCCAGGCCAGAAGGGCAAACUUUAGGAGGGAAACGGCUCUUGCAAGGCGGGUGUUCUUCAUCAUCCUUAGUGAUUGUGUGUGCUGGAUGCCGGUGAUAGUGAUUGGUAUGAGGACCAUCAUCGAGAAGUCUUACGAAGCGCAAGGAGACCUCGCUGUCUGGAUCGCUGUAUUUGCCCUUCCGAUCAACUCGGCCUUGAAUCCUAUCCUGUACACCUUGUCAACAGAACAGGCCAGAGGCAUUCUGAAGAACAAAAUGGAAAAAGUCUGGAACUACUUGAAGACCGUUUUCACCUGCUGUGGUCGGGAUCAGGAAGGCCAAGGAGAUGGGGAACAACCGAACCAACCGGGAGCAGAAGACAAUGGACAACAUGGCGGCGAGGGAGGCCACGGAGAGGGAGAGCAAGUUAACCAGCACGGAAUGGAAGAAAAUGUAGAACAUGGGGGCGAGGGAGGACAAAUUGAGGGUGAAGAUAUCGAAUUGGCGAGUGUUGGUGUGUAUCAUCCACAACAGGGCCAAGGAGACGGAGAACAACUGAACCCACAGGGCAUGGAAGACAUUGAACAACAUGGCGGCCUGGGAGGAAAAGUCGAGGGUGUAGUUAUCGAACUGGCUCAUGUUGAUGUGCGUCAUCCACAACAGGGAGUACUUGAUGAAGCCGAAAGAAUCGAACCGGCACCUAUUGAGAAUACUGAUCUAAAUCAAGGAAAACGGAACAAGAGUUUGAAAAAAGGGGACGGUAAAUUCAGGCAUUCCACCGCAAAGAA